CAAACAAUUUUUGUAUUACCUUUUUUAUAUAAAUGAAACUGCCGACAAGAACUUAUUAGUAUACAAAUAAAAUAUUUUAUAAGUGGAUAAAAUGUCUAGUAAAAAGCACCAUUCUUCAAAUGAACAAACUAAUCUUGUGGACUUCUCCUUCUGUGACUAUAAAUCAGCAUUCGAAGGAAUCCUUACAUCACCCACUCAUCAUGAACUUAUUGUUGAAGAUAUCCGAGAUUUUUGGAAAUUCGUAAAUAAAUACGAGAGUAUGUUAAGAAAUGCCGGUCAACCUAUAUUAGCUGAGCCAUUAUCACUAUCCAAACAAGCUGAGGAAAAUAAAUAUAACAAUUUUCACAAGCGAAACUUUAUACCGCUCGAACUUGCUUACGAUACACAAAAAUGCAGUAUGGGUCGAUAUGUGGAAAACUCAAAUAAAUUGAGUAAGCUGAAAAUUCAUCAAUUUGUUGAAAUCGUAUUGAUUUAUAUGGAUUUCAAGCAAAAAGAAAAAUUCAACAAAAUCAAGAAACUACGGAAGUCCCAAAGGAAUCUACCAAUAGCUAAAUUUAAACAACAAAUUCAGGAAACCUUGAAGAAUAGUCAAGUUCUGAUAGUUGCCGGUGAUACGGGCUGUGGUAAAUCUACACAAAUUCCACAAUAUCUUUUUGAAUUUGGUUUUAAGAACAUUGCUUGCACACAGCCUAGAAGAUUGGCCUGUGUCUCCCUAUCAAAGCGUGUUGCUCAUGAAAUGUUGGAUGACUAUGGGACGAAAGUGGGCUUUCAGAUUCGAUUUGAAAAAAAUAAAACAUCCAACACUAAUAUUGUAUUUAUAACUGAAGGAUUGCUGCUCCGUCAGCUAGCUCUUGAUUCAAAUCUCGAUCAAUAUGAUGUUUUAAUUUUGGAUGAAAUCCACGAGAGAAAUCUUUUUGGCGACUUUUUGUUGGGUGUCACUAAGUGUUUGUUGAGAGCGAAGAGCAACAUGAAACUAGUUCUUAUGUCUGCUACAAUAAAUGUUGAACUUUUCAAGAAUUACUUCGAAAAUGAAGGUGCUCAGCUUAUCGAAGUACCUGGUCGCUUGUAUCCAAUAAAAACAAUCUAUCUACCACCACCAGCAUUGGAUUUAAAACGAAGUGGACAACGGAGUAGUGCAUCUACCCGUCUCGAUCCGGGACCAUUUAUUCAGGUUUUGAAUAUAAUUGACCAAAAAUAUCCCUUGACUGAACGUGGUGAUGUUUUAAUAUUUGUAAGCGGUGUCAAUGAAAUAACAACAAUCUGUGAUGCUGCCAAAGAAUAUUCAGAGAAAAAUAAUCAUUGGAUUGUUCUGCCACUUCAUAGUGGAUUGGCAUUGGCUGAUCAAGAUAAGGUUUUUGACUAUGCACCGGAAGGAAUGAGAAAAUGCAUAGUGUCCACGAAUAUAGCUGAAACUUCCCUAACUGUCGAUGGAAUACGAUUUGUUGUUGAUUCAGGAAAAGUAAAAGAAAUGAGUUAUGAUACUUCGAGUAAAGGACAAAGACUCAAAGAAUUUUGGGUAUCAAAAUCAUCGGCAGAACAACGCAAAGGACGUGCUGGUCGUACUGGCCCUGGGGUUUGUUAUAGGAUAUUUUCGGAGAAGCAAUUUGAGUCUUUGGAAUCAUAUCCCACACCAGAAAUAUACAGAGUUCCAUUGGAAACUAUUCUAUUGCAAAUGAUAUCAAUGGGAUUGCCAAAUGUUCGAAUUUUUCCAUUCAUUGAAGCUCCCGAUGAAGAAAAUAUCGAACAAACCAUUUUAGGUCUUAAACAACAUAACGCUUUGGCCGUAGAUGAAAAAAUCACACCUCUCGGUCGAGCUUUGUCUAAUUUGCCAGUUGAAAUAACUAUUGGCAAGAUGCUUCUCAUGGGCUGUGUUUUUACUGACGUCGAGAAGAUACUUACUCUAGCUGCAGCUUUUAGUGUGCAAAAUCCAUUCACUAAUCGAGCUUAUAAUGACACUAAAUGUGCUAAAGAACGUGAAGAACUUGAAUCAGACCAAGGCGAUAUUUUCACGUUAUUGAAUGCCUACCAAGAAUGGCUUCAUUUGAAGUCGGAUACAUCUGAAAAUACUAGAAAGUGGUGCUUCAAAAUGGGUUUAGAAGAACAAAGAUUUUAUGAAAUAGCGAAGCUGAGAAAUCAGUUCCAAAACAUUCUCGAAACAAGCAACCUGCUACCCUCAAAAUCCGAAGAAUCACUAUCGAGUGCAGAUCGAUCUCGUCGACAUGGUGAAGUUCGAAUGUUGAGGGCUAUCAAACGCAAGCAAAAAUAUCAAGAACCCAAAAAACGUAAAAUACUUAAAAGAAAUCACGAUGAAGAAGAAGAAUUCGGUGAAAAUAAUACUGAUGAUAUUCGAGACGUUGAUUUUAGGCUUACUCACGAUUCCAAUAAAAUGGAGGUUUUGCUUGCAUCAUCGGAUGUCCGAAGGCAUAGGGAUGUUGUUUUGUUGAAAUUAAUUAUUGUAAGCGGAUUCUAUCCUCAAAUUGCUGUUGCUGAUGACUUUAACUAUUGCAAGGGUGGAAGUCAACAGUUCUUUCAUACAUUUCUCAAGCCGUUUUUGUCAAUUCAUCCGAAUUCACAGUUUUCCAAAAACUUUGAGAUAUUAAAACUUAACGAUAGUGACAUUUUGGACAAGCCAAACUAUUAUACCCCAAAGCAAUCAUUGAGUACAGCACAUCAAGUGCUCUGUUAUCAAAACCUUCUAGAAACAGCUAAACCCUAUCUUAUGAAUUCCAUAAGAAUGCCAGCUGCACAAACAAUGUUACUUUUCUCGUUUUCCAUCGAUACAAAUUCAUCUGUAACUCGAAUUGUUUGUGAUUCAUGGCUUUGUUUAGAUUUUCCAAUUCCCGAAACUGGACGGGAACUUUUAAGUCGUGCUAUAAAACUACGAACUAAAUGGUCAAAAAUGUUAAAUGAAAAAUUAAAUGAUAUUUCGAAUCCAUUAGAAACAGAUUCAAGUAAAAAAAGUACCAGAGAAGAUCAAAUGGAACUUUGGGAAGAUAUGAUAUCGUUUAUGAGUGCAAGUGUAGCUUAUACAUUGAAAAGACUUCUUCCAGCUGAUGUAAAAAAUCUUUAUAAUGAGCAACAAUUGACGGACCCCGAAAAUCUUAUACCGAAUCCCUUUUCAGAAGAUUUUGUAGCAUUGCUCAAUACAGAAAAGGGAGGAAUGAAUGUUACCGAAAAUGUUGUUUACGGGUGUUUGAGAGAAGUUCAAUGGACAAUAGCAAUGGACGCUGAAAUGAACGAUCACAAUUGGGAAUGUCCUUUCUGUAACGAAGAAAUACCAAUGGAUGGUAUUAAAAAAUUAGUUCACAAAGCAAGAUGCAAGCAGUCAAGUCUUAAAAGCAUAAAGAUUGAGGAUGAAACUCAAAGUAGAAAGCCAAAAAGCGGACAAUCCGGCUACACUUGUCCAAGUUGUAAGAAAACAUUAUAUUUGUCUGCUAUCGAUAUUCUCAGACAUAGAAAAAGUUGUAAUAAAUAAAAUUAAUUUAACUUGAA